CUUCCACUAGGGGGCAUUUUGGUGUGGACCAGUCAGACAAAUCCUAUUUGGAAUUCUUCUUAGAGAAGCCAAAAAGUGAAUAGUCGCGGGAAAGCUCUUCUUCUCUCUCUAAUUCGAAAGCAACAAGUAUCUGAAGAUGGAUUUGGACCCAGAUGAUAUUUUCAAGGACGACGAAGACGACCCAGAUAAUGACCUGGAAAAAGCAUCGACCAAAGAGUUUGUGGUUUAUCUUGUGGAUGCUUCGCCCAAAAUGUUCAGCACCACUUUUCAAGGGGAAGAUCAAAAGGAUGAAACUCCUUUUCAUGCUGCCGUUAGCUGUAUUUCCCAGUCACUGAAGACUCAAAUCAUCAAUAACUCUAAUGAUGAAGUAGCAAUAUGCUUCUUCAACACUAGGGAAAAGAAGAAUUUGCAGGACUUGAAUGGAGUUUUUGUAUUUAAUGUUGCUGAAAGGGAGUACUUGGACAGGCCUACUGCUAGGCUAAUAAAAGAAUUUGAUCGUAUAGAAGAAUUGUUCAUGAAAGAAAUUGGGAGUCAGUAUGGUAUCAUGUCUGGAUCUCGCGAAAAUUCUCUUUACAAUGCUCUCUGGGCGGCACAAGCGUUGCUGCGUAAAGGGUCUGCAAAGACAGCUGAUAAGCGAAUACUCUUGUUUACGAAUGAAGACGACCCUUUUGGGAGUAUCACAGGGGCAACAAAAAUGGAUAUGACAAGAACCACGUUGCAACGGGCUAAAGAUACACAAGAUCUUGGCAUCUCAAUUGAACUCCUCCCCUUGAGUUGCCCUGACGAGGAAUUUAAUGUUUCUGCUUUUUAUGCUGAUUUAAUAGGAUUGGAAGGUGAUGACCUUGCUCUAUUUAUGCCCUCAGUAGGGGACAAAUUGACAGACAUGAAAAAUCAGCUGAGAAAGCGUAUGUUUAAGAAGCGUGUGGUUAGAAGAAUCACAUUUUCAAUUGUCAAAGGCCUAUCUAUUGAACUGAAUACAUAUGCUUUGAUCCGUCCGACUGUUCCUGGGACAAUUACCUGGCUUGACUCUAUCACCAACCUUCCUUUAAAGACAGAGAGAUCUUUCAUCUGUGCAGAUACUGGGGCUUUGGUUCAACCAACUAAACGUUUUCAUCCUUAUAAAAAUAAAAAUGUUAAGUUUACAACAGAAGAGCUAUCAGAAGUGAAAAGAAUUUCAACUGGACAUCUUCGCCUUCUAGGAUUCAAACCUUUGAGUUGCUUAAAAGAUUACCACAACUUGAGGCCAUCAACAUUCGUUUUUCCUACUGACAAGGAAGUGGUUGGUAGUACUUGCAUUUUUAUUGCCCUCCAUAGAUCCAUGUUAAGGCUUAAACGUUUUGCAGUUGCAUUUUAUGGCGGUUCAGCUCAUCCUCAAUUGGUUGCCCUUGUUGCACAAGAUGAGAUCAUUGCUGGUGGUGUUCAGGUUGAGCCACCAGGCAUGCAUAUGAUAUAUCUUCCAUAUUCUGAUGAUAUCAGACACAUCGAAGAGCUUCAUUCGGAUAUAACUGUCCCAACACCUCGAGCAACUGAUGAUCAAAUAAAAAAGGCCACUGCUUUAAUGAGGCGCAUAGACUUGAAGGAUUUUUCAGUAUGCCAAUUUGCCAAUCCGGCCUUGCAGAGACAUUAUGCAGUGCUACAGGCUCUAGCCCUGGAAGAAGAUGAGAUGCCUGAAAUCAAAGACGAAACUCUUCCAGAUGAGGAAGGGAUGGCUAGACCAGGAGUUGUCAAUGCAUUGGAAGAAUUCAAGAAGUCUGUCUAUGGGGAAAACUACAAUGAAGAAGAUGAAGGUCAUGGAAAAGCAAGUGAUGCCUCCAAAAAACGAAAAGCUGUUGCUGAAAAUGCUGUUAAGGAAUCAGCAAAAUAUGACUGGGCUGACCUUGCAGACAAUGGAAGGUUGAAAGAUUUGACGACAGUGGAGUUGAAGUACUACCUGACGGCGCAUAACCUUGCAGUUGGUGGAAAGAAGGAAGUUUUGAUCAGCAGGAUCUUAACUCACAUGGGAAAAUGAGGUGCUGCUUUCAGGCUGAUCAAUUUUGCCCCCAGCAGAGUAAGCUUUUGGUGAACAAGGGGAGAAAACAAAACCCACUAGUUUUGCUUGUAACUUUAGCUCAACCUUUGCACUUUGGGUUUUGGAAUCAUGUUUCUGAGAACUCACAGGGUUCUUCCUGGUGAUGAUAGCAAAAUUAGCAAUUGAUUUGGAAUUAUGUUGUAUGGAAUUCCAAAUCACAAAACUGUUCAUCAAAUUCAGUUCCUAAAAGGGGUGGAAGACCUAAUUUUAUGGUUCAAAAAUUUGCCCUUUUCCGCAAA